AUGUGGAUGCGGCUGCAGGGCCACUGCAGGCUGCUGGCUUCGGAAGUCGGCUGCACGGUGCUGGACGUAAGUUCCUCACCGGCACCUCCGAAGCAAAGACGGUCCCGACAGGGUUCCGGCGCUUGCUGCAUCGCUUUUGCAGGGAGCGACGGGCUGCGAGCAGAACCGACGUCAGAGGCAGCGCUGCUGCAGGCGGUCUUGGGAUGGCAGCAGGAGCUCCAUUUGGACCACACUGGAAGGGUGCUCUCAUGCCUUCAAGCUGGCAGUGUGGGUGGCCUUGUGGCACUCCUUAGCUCGCUGCAUGCUGGGGCCACACUACUCAGCCCAAGCGAUGAGCUCUUGCAGAAACUUUGUGUGAGUCGUGCGAACGUCCUGGCCUGCGAGCUGACGGACCUCGAGACCCUCACGGCCACCUGGUCUCAGGAGAACUGCCCUGUACGGCCGCAGCAGCUGUCUGCCGUUUGCGUGCAGGAGCUGACUGGGCAGUGGCCGUCCUUGAAUUGGGCUCCUAGUCAUCUCCGACUCUUGCAGAUCGGCGUGGCCUGGGCCACGGCGCUGCCCAGAAUGGCUGCAAUCGACCUCGGGAGAGGCAGCUCGGCCAUCAGCGCAGCAUCGGCGAGAGGCUGGAAGCCUCUUGGGUCCUCGUUCUCUCCCGCGUCCUCCUUGGCUGGCUACAUCCUGGGUCACAGCGAGGAGCACGAGAAGUCCUUCGGGCCGAACUCAUGGCCUGUGCUUUGUGCCGUGGUUCAGGGUGCUGCGAUUCUUGCCCAGCCUGUGGCUGUGGCAGCGAAAAUGGUCGUGGCUGAUCGGCUGCUGCCGCCACUGGCCUUCUGCCAGCCAUUGUGGAUCUCCUUCCUUGUUUUGUUGGCCUGGCUGUUUCUGGAGCAAUUCGUGCGGGUCGGAGUCCUAGCCCUCUUGAAGUGGCUGCUCAUCGGCCGCUACAAAGAGGGUGAUCACGAUAUUUACAGCCUGAUGUACCUGCGUCACUGGCUCGUCGAACAUGUCGCCAAGGGCACGAUAGUAGAUCAAAGUGCCCAUCAGGGAAGCAGCAUGGCCUUCUUGUUCAUGCGCAACCUGGCCCUAAAGGCCGUUGGCGCAGAUGUGUCCCUGUCCUCCGUGAUCACGCGCCGGGUGGUGGCAUUUGACUUGGUGAGCGUAGGGGACCUGGCAACCGUCCACGGGCCCAGGCACUUGACGGCGGUGAACUAUGGCACCCGGCGCAUGGUCUUGAGACGCGUGAAGGUUGGCGCAGGCGCAUACGUGGGCCCCAAUUGCACACUGGAGCCCGGCUGUGAGGUCGCGGCGGCCGGCUAUGUGGAGCCGUUGUCAACCGUACACAGCAAGGUUGUCGUCGAUGGCCGCGUCUGUGGCGUCCCAGCACAGCCUGUGGCUGGCGCCGAUGCAUCCCGGUUGCCGACGAAGGAAGAGGCCCGCUGCUUCCGCAACAAGGCAUCGGCCUGGGCAAUGGGCUACUGGUGUCUCUUGCUUCCCAAAGCCAUGAUGCCCUUCCUGGGCCUAAUCUUUUUGCGGCUGCUUUGUGGCUAUCCCUUCAUUGAAGAACGCACGAUGCACAUCGAGCACACAGAUGUCCUACCGCCGGAGCUCUUCAGCAUGUUGCAGUGGGUUCCGCUCAUAGCAUUUGCAGUCUCAAUGCUCAACGCGAUCGGACAGCUUGCUGGCACAGCGCUGCUGUGCCGAUUGCUGCCAAAGGUGAAGCCUCCAUGCACGUACUCCUUGUUAAGCCUUCGGGCCCAGAUUGCGGCUCUCAAGAUGUCGAUGUUCAAACAGGCGUCGGAAAUGAUGCACGAUGCGUCGAUCGUGCCGGCCUUCACUCGCCUCUGCGGGGCCACUGUUGGACACGGUUGUGCCAUGAGCCGCCAGGCGCUCAUGCUCCCGGAGACCUUGGUGGUCGGCAACCGUUGCUUCUUUGCCACCGACAACAUCCUGACCAGCGUCGAAGUGGACCGCGGAGAGUUCAAGGUGCCCUGUGUCACUUAUAUGAGUGAUCACACCUUCCUUGGCAACAACAACCACCUGCCGCAAGGCCUUCCAGAAGGCAGCUUCUGCGGCGUGAGCACCUGGCUGCCUGAAAGACCCACCGAGCCGCACUACUGCUACUUCGGGAAUCCGGCGAUCAAGUUCAAGCGCCUGAGCAGCCAAGCUGCCGGCAAGACAAACCAAGGCCCAGAACCCGCAAGUUGCCUGGCACGCUUCUGGCAUCACUUUAGCAGCAGCGUCCUGGACGUCUUCCUUUACCGAGGGGUUCAAGGAAUGGUGACCGGCGUUGCCUUCGUGGUGAGCCGGACCAGCGUGCCUGAAAUCACCUCCGUUUGGCAGGUCUGCCAGGUCCUGGCCAUCUACUUGGCCUUCUUGUUGGGCUCCUGGUUCAUCUUCUCUGUGAAGCUGGGGAACAUGCUCUUCAACGGCAAGGCACCGCGCAGCAAUGCGUACUACUCUACCACUGUGACGCGCUGGUUCACUGCCCUCACCGGCCAGAAGCGAGUCUUCAAGCUUCCCUUUCAGGCGGCUGGCAGCCGCUGGCAAGCCCCGAUCCUGCGGCUGCUGGGUGCAAAGAUUGGCCAGCGGUUCUUCUGCAUGAACGAGCACGUCCUGUUUGAUGCAUCCUUCACAGAAAUCGGAGACGAUGUGACCGUGGACUAUGAUGGCAUGGUGAGGUGUCAUUCAUUCGAGGACUUCCGCCUGAAGUUCACUCACUGCAAGAUUGGAAAUGGGGUGACCAUCAUGACCGGAGCCAUUGUGGCUUGCA